UAGUCUGCAGCCACUGAAGACCUAUCCCCGGAGGGUAAGCGCUGUGCUGGACGCUGCGGGGGACCUGUUGCUUGGUAACGCUUUUUUGGUUACCCCUGAAGUCUCUUUCGUCUGACUUGGUGCCAGUCUUGUCACUGGCACAUCAUGGCUUCCAGUCCCACUGUGUUGAUGCGGUUGGUGGCUUCAGCAUAUUCUAUUGCUCAAAAGGCAGGAACGAUAGUCAGGCAUGUUAUUGCUGAAGGAGACCUGGGUAUCGUGGAGAAGACCUGUGCAACAGACCUGCAGACCAAGGCGGACCGAUUAGUUCAAAUGAGCAUAUGCUCUUCUUUGGCGCGGAAAUUCCCCAAACUAACAAUUAUAGGGGAAGAGGAUCUGCCUCCUGAAGACGUGGAUCAAGAGCUGAUUGAAGACGGUCAGUGGGAGGAGGUACUGAAGCAACCAUGCCCAUCACAGUACAGCGCUAUCAAAGAGGAAGACCUUGUGGUCUGGGUUGAUCCUGUGGAUGGUACCAAGGAAUAUACUGAAGGUCUUCUUGACAAUGUAACAGUUCUUAUUGGAAUUGCUUAUGAAGGAAAAGCCAUAGCAGGAGUUAUUAACCAGCCAUAUUACAACUACCAGGCAGGACCAGAUGCUGUGUUGGGGAGAACAAUCUGGGCAGUUUUAGGUUUAGGUGCCUUCGGGUUUCAGCUGAAAGAAGUGCCUGCCGGGAAACACAUUAUCACAACUACCCGGUCCCAUAACAGCCAGUUGGUUACGGACUGCGUUGCUGCUAUGAACCCUGAUGAUGUGCUGCGGGUGGGAGGAGCAGGAAAUAAGAUUAUUCAGUUGAUUGAAGGCAAAGCCUCUGCUUACGUAUUUGCAAGUCCUGGAUGUAAGAAAUGGGAUACCUGUGCUCCAGAAGUCAUUUUACAUGCUGUGGGAGGCAAGUUAACCGAUAUCCAUGGAAAUGCCCUUCAGUAUAACAAGGAAGUGAAGCACGUGAACUCAGCUGGCGUCCUGGCCACACUGAGGAAUUACGACUACUAUGCAAGUCGAGUACCCGAAUCUGUUAAAAAUGUACUUGUUCCUUGAAGGGAAAUCUCGUCGACUCAGCCAGGAGAAGGACUUGCUCCUCAAAAUAACACAUGUUAAAACUAAUUGGAUGGAAUUUGAGCUCUACCUUUACUUCAUUCAUUGUUGAUCACCGAUUUACAUUUGGUUACUUAGGAGUAGAAAACUGAAUUUUUAAACGUCUUGAUUAAUGGAUCAACCAGACCAAUUUUGACAUCUGGAAAACUUGUAAAGUCAGUAUAUUUCACAUUUCAUUUUUCCUCCUUUUAUUUGGAGCAGUAAAAGUAAAGCUUAGUUCCAACUGGCCACCCUGGUGCACUGUUGAAUCAGCGUUCCUGUUUUGUAAACCAGAUUUCUUUAGGGCACAGAGCCACAAGUUAUUACCUAAAUCUCAUUCUUGUCUUUCACAGUUAUGUAAAACGUUUUCCUACUCCCAUUCUGAAUACAUUAAAAUAUCAUUCUGUAUGUCGAUGAAACAGAUUUUGGAGAAACAUUUCUUUAUAAUAAAUUAUUUAAUUCUAGCUCUUUCUGUUAUUCACCAGCUCUUUUUGUUUUUAAGUAGCUGGAAACUAUGUAUUCUCUACUGUGGGCAUUGCUUUAUCCUUAUGGCAUCAUUAUGCAGUGUAACUGUGGAAAGUUAGGUAAUUGCUCCUAUUCCUUCCAAAGGAAGAUUAUAAUGUGUGCUAUCAAAAUUAUUCUGACAUUCUGCCUAGGUUUUUAUUUUUUAGGUCUCUGUCCUGUGCUUUUAAAUAAAUUUCUCCCAUUGUAUUAAGCAAGUGGUUUAAAUUAAUCAUUCCCAAACCCACUGCAUGUCAGAAUCACCUGGGAAGCUUUUCAGACAAUACGAAUUCACAGGCUCCAGCCAAGCCGUUUUGUCUUAAAAUUCUGUGUAUUUUAAGACAGCUACUCCAGGGAUUCGGUAGUCAUUUAAGUGUAACACUAGAGACGGUGUUGGAGUACUGUUUUCACAAGGCAGCUGCAGGAAGAGGUCUUUGUGGCUUUGACACCAUUGGCCCCUCUCCCUCUUGCAACUCUCUUCUCACUGUUUUUCUUCCCCCCCCAAUAGCCACUCCUACUCAGUUUCCUUUCUUGGUUUCUCUUUGUCUCCCUUUCCUUGAAUGUCAGUAUUCACCAUGAUUCUGUCCUAGGUUCUCUCUAGAUGAUCUAAUCCACAAAUAUGGCUUCACUUAAGGGCCUUUUACCCAGAAUUCCAAAAUCUGUAUCUAGCUUAGAACUCUCAAACUCUAGAUUUCUAUACCCAAAAGCCUACUUUGAUGUCUCACAAGUAUCUCUGAAUUAUGUCUAAAAAACUCUUCAUUCUUGCCUACCCCUCCUUCAAUUAUUUUACAAAUCCCCAAGGAUCUGUAAGAAAAGAGUUCUCUAUAUGCGAACUGUGGACUAAGCCUAAUUUUUAAAAAUAUCUAAGUACAAUGUGAGAAUAACUUUGAAUUUAUUUUCUAUAGGCUCUUAUAUAAAAACUUUAUCCAAGUGCCAUAUUUGGAAGUCUGCAUUCUCUCUCCAGACCCAUUUCUUCUACAUUAAUUUACACACUCACACCCCUUUAUUUCUUCCUUGUAUCACUGCAGUGUCUUCCUGCCUAAUCUUCCUUCCUGCACUGUUACUCCUCUCCAAUCCAUCUCUCAUUGGCUCCAGGUGGUUUUUUAAAAAACCAAAUUUAGUAAUGCCACUCACUUCCUCAAAAAUCUUUUAUGGCGGGCUUCCCUGGUGGCUCAGUGGUUGAGGUUCGUGCCCCGGUCCGGGAAGAUCCCACAUGCCGCGGAGCGCCUGGGCCCGUGAGCCAUGGCCGCUGAGCCUGCGCGUCCGGAGCCUGUGCUCCGCAACGGGAGAGGCCGCGACAGUGAGAGGCCCGCGUACCGCAAAAAAAAAAAAACAAAAAAAAAAACCUCUUCACUGACUUCCUACCAUAGGAUAAAAUCUUGCUCCUCAUCAUGAUAUGUAGAAUUCUUCAUAAUUUAGGCUCUGCCUACCUUCCAGCCUUUUAAUCUCGAAUUGCCAAAGUAUUUUACAUUCUGGCCGUAAUGAACUAGUCAAAGUUUUCCAAAUACACACAGCUUCCAAAUAUAUGCAGCUUCCAAAUACACCCAGGUUCUAGCUCACGUUCUCCUCUGACUUCUUUUUUGCAUCCCCUGGACGGGUUAUCUCUUAUUGGAAGCUUUCCUUUACUAUUUUCUCCUCCCUCCCCCAUUCACCAUGGAUAAUCAUUUUCCAUCUUCUUAGCUACCUUUGUACUUUGUGCAAACAUUUAUUAUUUUUACUCUCAUUUCCAAAAUGUUUUUAGAAUGAACAUAUUUUUUCUACAGCUGCAUGUAUCCCCCUGUAUAGUAAUUUUUAUUUAUCUGUCUUUUUCACCUAUAAGACUAGGCUCCUGAGGGCAGGGACUUUGUCUUUCAUCUCCGUAUAUCCUGUUCAUGUACAAAAUAAUACGGGUUAGUAUGUUGUCUGAAUCUCAGUAGAUGCUGAAAAUACCUAUUCUUGACUUUAAAAAAAAAAAAAUCCUGUUAACCUUAGAAGCAAUUUUCCUUAACUGGAUAAUGAGUAUCUAUAAGAAACCAGCAGCAAACACUAUUCUUGAUAGUGAAAUAGUGACAUUCUCACUAAAGUCAGCAACCAGACAAAUAUGCUUUUGUUCAACAUUAUCACUGCUCCUGUUCAGUGUUAUUCUGGAAGAGUCCUAAACAAUGAAAGAGAUAAGCCUUCAGAGAUAAAAAGUGUUGCAUAGAGAGAAAAAAAAUAUCUAUCUAGAAAACUCAGCAUAACUAAAACUCUUGGAACAAAUAAAAGCAGUUAACAGAUAGUGACAUUAAGAUCUAAGACACUUACUGCUGUGUCUCGCUUUCCUGAAUGCAGGUUUCUUUCUGUGUACCACAGCUCUACACUCUUUUUAUUGUUUUUAUUGAUGACAUCCCUUUCCUUGAUGAUUCCACGCUUCUCAAAAUCAGUGAUCUGGGGAUGUAAUGCUCAGCAUGGCGACUAUAAUCUGGGACUGGGAAGAAUAAUAAAACUGGAAAACUCUGAACAACUGGAAUAGGUAUCAUUACUCCCUAGCACUCAUCUCACCAGUAAACAAACAGUCCCACUCUCUUCUGAACUCUUAAAGCAUCUCUGGACUCCACCAGUCAUUGGGCCCCUGGAAUGUUCUGCUUUGUACCGCAGUCUUUUUAGAAACUUCUGCUCUGUUUGACAGUAGUAGAUGUACUGAAUGACAGAUGGGACUAAAAUGAUCUCAAAAGUUAAAAUUUAGCAAUAUUUUAAAAGAGAAUAUUGGCUCCGUCAAAUCCUCUGUGCAUCAAGAUAAGGCUAAACUGAUACAUGCAAGGUCUUAUAUUAGAUAACUGGAGGAUGGAGAACUCGGGAUUGUCAUUGUUUAUAGUCUUACUAUGAGUCAACAAUUUAAUGUGGCUGUAAAAAGCUAGUAUGGUGUAUGUUAAUAGCACUGUAAUGGGCAAAAUAAGAGAGGCGAUGCUUUUGCCUUUGCUCUGCGCUGAUCACACCACACCUAGAAUGUUUUGUUCAGUUCUGAGU